CCUUUUGGGCUCGUUACUGAGUUUACCUUUGACUUCUGUCCGAAUUGUUCCGGGUUUCUUUCUCCCACAAGAUGGCAGCGUCUGAAGACGAGUUACUGCUGCCGCGGCUUCCGGAGCUCUUCGAAACCAGCAAGAAACUUCUGGAGGAAGUGGAAGUAGCGACCGAACCCUCCGGCUCCCGGACAAUCCAGGAUAAGGUGUCCAAAGGACUGGAUCUCCUUGCGAAGGCUUCUGGAAUGUUAUCAGAACUUGAUUUGUUCAGCCGAAAUGAAGAUUUGGAAGAGAUUGCUUCCACCGACCUGAAGUACCUGAUGGUGCCAGCGUUGCAAGGAGCUCUCACCAUGAAACAAGUCAACCCCAGCAAGCGUCUAGAUCAUUUGCAGCAGGCUCGAGAACACUUCAUAAAUUUCUUAACUCAGUGUCAUUGCUAUCAUGUGGCAGAGUUUCAACUACCCCAAACCAAGAAUAACUCAGCUGAAAAUAACACUGCUAGCACCUCCAUGGCCUAUCCAAAUCUCGUUGCUAUGGCAUCUCAAAGACAGGCUAAAAUAGAGAGAUACAAGCAGAAGAAGGAGGUGGAGCAUAGGUUGUCUGCACUGAAAUCUGCUGUGGAAAGUGGUCAAGCAGAUGAUGAGCGUGUUCGUGAAUAUCACCUCCUUCACCUUCGGAGGUGGAUUGGUAUCAGCUUAGAAGAAAUUGAAAGCAUUGACCAGGAAAUAAAGAUCCUGAAAGAAAAAGACUCUCCAAGAGAGGAAUCAACUUCUCACUCAUCUCUUCCAGAGAAGCCUCCAAUGAAACCCUUCAUACUCACGCGGAACAAGGCCCAAGCCAAAGUAUUUGGAGCUGGUUAUCCAAGCCUGGCAACCAUGACGGUGAGUGACUGGUAUGACCAGCAUCAGAAAUACGGAGCAUUACCAGACCGGGGGAUAGCCAAGCCGACAUCAGCUGAUUUGAAAAGAGCAGCUGAGCAGCAGGAAGAUCAAGAACAAAAGGAUGACGAGGGUGACGAGAAAACUCUGCAGAGACUGCGAGAGUGGGAUGACUGGAAGGACACCCAUCCCAGGGGCUAUGGCAACCGACAGAACAUGGGCUAAUCUUCCUGAAGGGCGAACGGACAGCGUGGUGCACACCAAGGACAACCUCAGCAGGGUGCAGUGAAGGCAGCCGAGCGGAAUCUUGCUUUGCAUUCUGUAGUGUCAAAAUAAUUGCUUGUACCCUAGGUAAUGACCAGAGAUUUUGUUUGACUUUCUUACUUCUCAUCAUGGUGUAAUAUGAUUUCUCAAGUGGUCAGAGCAUUAACAGCUCUAUAUAAUCUAUGACGGUAUGAAUUCAUUCUCUUCAAAAAGUAAUAAAACCCCCUCUAUUAUGUGGACCUAUGCACAGA